AUGCAUUCGAGCCUACAAAAGUUGACAGUCAACGCAUUUCAGCUAACUACAAGUAUGCUAUCGACAUCACUACUUGUCGACAAUUGCGCUCUGAAUGCACGAGAUCAUCGUUCCGUGCAAAUCAUGGUACCCUUGGCACAGCCAUUUGAGGGAUCUCUCAAAUAUGUUCUCACCAUCAUACCGAUCAAGUACUCGUUAGUAUGCACACCGCAAAGCUUACUCAAAUAUCGAGCAGUGAUAUAUUAUCGAGGUGUGUUUCUCGAUGAUCAUGAUCUCGAAUUUCCAAUUAAGUUUGAAUAUCACGACUCUUCGAUCGGUGGUCAUCGCGUACGUGAGAAUUUAUAA